CACCUUGGCUAUUGUGAAUCCACCUGUUGGAAAUUCAUGGUUGGGUUCUCUAAUUGCUACCAUAAUUGGAAAUCUCAAGAUUUCCAUUAGUAAUGUUCAUAUUAGAUAUGAGGAUUCUGUCAGCAAUCCUGGACAUCCGUUUUCUUCAGGAAUUACUUUAGCAAAGCUUGCUGCUGUUACGAUGGAUGAACAGGGUAAUGAAACCUUUGAUGCCAGUGGUGCAUUGGAUAAAUUGCGAAAGUCUUUGCAACUUGAGAGGUUAGCUGUUUAUCAUGACUCUGACAACCCUCCCUGGACGAUAAAGAAAAGAUGGGAAGAUCUUAGUCCGAACGAAUGGAUUGAGAUAUUUGGAGAUGGCAUUAAUGGACCUUCAUCUGAUCAUGGAGUGGUUUCUGUUUGGGCUUGGAAUCGCAAAUACUUGGUCUCACCUAUCAAUGGAGUUCUCAAAUAUCAUCGUCUCGGAAAACAAGAAAGAGAGGAACCAGAAAUUCCUUUGGAGAAGGCAUCCCUUGUUGUCAGCGAUGUUUCUUUAACGAUUACAGAGCCCCAGUAUCAUGAUGUUAUAAAACUUAUGGAAGUUAUCUCGAGAUAUAAGACACAUGUUGAUGUUUCUCACUUAAGACCCAUUGUGUUGGUUUUGGAGGAUCCUCAUCUUUGGUGGCUUUAUGCUGCUCGGGCCAGUCUACAGCAAAAGAAAAUGUGCUAUCGAUUCUCAUGGGACAGAAUUCGGCAUCUUUGUCAACUUCGUCGCCGUUAUAUUCAACUCUAUGCUGCUUCAUUGCAACAGCUUUCAACCAUUGAUAACUCUGAAAUGAGGGGUAUAGAGAAAGAUCUGGAUUCUAAAGUAAUCCUGUUAUGGAGGUUACUUGCACAUGCUAAGGUUGAAUCUGUAAGAUCAAAGGAGGCAGCGCAACGAAGGAGUCAAAUGAAGAGAAGCUGGUUUUCUUUUAGAUGGGGUACUACCUCUGAAGAUACCUCUGAUGCAAGUUCUCCAGAGGGAUCACAGUUGGAGGAAAGACUUACUAAAGAAGAAUGGCAGGCAAUUAAUAAAUUAUUGAGUUACCAACCUGAUGAGGAGUUGAAUUUUCAUUCAGGAAAGGAUUUGCAGAAUAUCAUACGGUUCUUGGUGAAUGUCUCUAUCAGUCAGGCAGCUGCAAGGAUCAUUGAUAUCAAUCAAACAGAGAUUAUUUGUGGUAGAUUUGAAGAACUUCGUGCCACCACGAAGCUUUAUGGUCGGAGCACCCAUUGUGAUGUGUCAUUGAGAUUCUAUGGCUUAUCUGCUCCUGAAGGUUCACUUGCACAGAGUUUUAGCAGUGAGAAGAAGGUGAAUGCUUUAGCUGCAAGUUUUGUGCAUUCACCAGUUGGGGAGAAUGUAGACUGGCGUCUUUCGGCAACAAUUGCUCCAUGCCAUGUUACGGUUUUGAUGGAAAGUUGUGACCGGUUUUUAGAGUUUCUGAAGAGAAGUAGUGCAGUUAGCCCUACUGUUGCUUUGGAGACUGCAACUGCUUUACAGAUAAAACUAGAGAAAGUGACUCGUAGAGCUCAAGAGCAGUUUCAAAUGGUUUUUGAAGAACAAAGCAGAUUUGCGCUUGAUAUUGAUUUUGAUGCUCCCAAAGUUAGAGUUCCUCUGCGAACACAUUCAUCUACUGAAUGUGAUGGUCAUUUUCUUCUGGAUUUUGGUCAUUUCACAGUGCACACCAAAGAUGGUCAGUGUGAUGAACAGAGGCAGAGCCUGUAUUCUCGUUUUUAUAUAUCUGGGCGAGAUAUCUCUGCUUUCUUCAUGGAUUGUGAUUCAGACCAUGGGAACUGCACCCUGGUCACCUCAACUUUUGAUAGUCAACCUUCUGUAUCACCUACCUCUGAAGAUGUUGAUCAUUUCCUUCCUCUUGUGGAUAGGUGUGGGAUGGCUGUGAUUGUUGAUCAAAUCAAAAUACCUCAUCCGUGUUACCCCUCAACACGGGUUUUCAUUCAAGUGCCGAAUCUUGGCAUUCACUUUUCACCAGCUAGGUAUUGCCGAAUUCUGGAUUUAUUAAAUAUAAUAUAUAGUACAGUGGAAAAAAGUGGGAGUGCCAGUGAAAAUUUCCAAAUUGGUCUAGCGCCUUGGAAUCCUGCAGAUCUUGCUGCUGAGGCUAGGAUUCUAGUUUGGAGGGGAAUUGGUAAUUCUGUUGCUGAGUGGCAGCCUUGUUUUGUUGUGUUAUCUGGACUGUAUCUUUAUGUCUUGGAGUCUGAAGCAUCGCAGAGUUACCAAAGAUGCACAAGUAUGUCUGGUCGUCAAGUUUAUGAAGUUCCUCCAACAAAUGUUGGGGGUUCUCCAUUUUCUAUUGCUGUGGCUUUUAGGGGGAUGGACACUCAGAAGGCUCUGGAAUCUUCUAAUACCUUGAUUAUUGAGUUUCAAGACGAAGAGGGGAAAGCUACUUGGCUGAGAGGACUUACACGAGCUACUUAUCGGGCUUCUGCGCCUCCAUCUAUUGAUGUACUUGAAGAAACAAAUAAUAGUGUGAAUGAACUAACUGAGCCUCAACCUACAAAUUUUAGAACAGCUGAUCUUGUUAUUAAUGGGACAUUGGUGGAAACAAAGUUACUAAUAUAUGGAAAGGUGGGAGAUGAAGUUAUUGAACCAGUUGAAGAGAAGCUAAUUCUUGAGAUAAUUGCUGGUGGGAUGAAGGUACACCUUAUUUAUUGGGGUGAGGACCUUACUGUCAAGACAAAACUACAUUCCCUUCAAAUUCAAGAUGAGCUUCAAGCUUGUUUAUCUAUGUCUACACAGUAUCUAGCCCGUUCUGUGCUGAAAGACAAUGCCAUAGUUGCUUUUCCAAGUGUAUAUACUAAUGAGAAAGAGUUGCCUAUGGAGUUUUUGGAGGAGGAUGAUGUUUUCAAGGAUGCUUUGCCAGAUUUCACAUUCAUCCCUGAUCCUGUGUUUAGUCCUAGAACAAAGCUGGAUACUUUGGAUGUUUGUUACUCCUGUGAUGAGGGUGAUUACAUUGAAGCUUUAAUACAGGAUAAUACAAAGGGAAAAGGAGUUAUAGGUGAGACAUUCUAUGAGGCAGAAGGAAAUGGUACAUCUGAUUUUGUGGUGUUUACCUUUUCAACAAUAGAUCCUUGUUCUCCUGUUUAUGAUGGUAUUGAUACACAGAUGAGCAUUCGCAUGUCCAAACUAGAAUUCUUCUGCAACAGGCCUACUCUAGUUGCUUUAAUUGGCUUUGGUUUGGACCUGAGCUCAGCCGGUUCUACUGUAAGCUGCUCAAAAGAAAACGAUAUCCCAAAUGUUGAAGCUUCUCAUCACAGAGAAAAAUCAGAAGAAUACACUCGCUCUUUUGUUAAAGGAUUGCUAGGUUAUGGUAAAGGACGUGUAGUAUUUUAUUUGAAUAUGGAUGUUGACAGUGUGUGCGUGUUUCUCAAUAAGGAGGGUGGUUCUCAGCUUGCAAUGUUUGUGCAAGAAAGUUUCCUGUUGGAUCUGAAGGUUCAUCCGAGUUCUCUUUCUAUGGAGGGCACACUGGGAAAUUUCAGACUGUGUGACAUGUCACUUGGAGCAGAUCAUUGGUGGGGUUGGCUUUGUGAUAUACGCAAUCAAGGAGUUGAAUCCCUUAUCAAGUUUACAUUUAAUUCCUAUAGUGCUGAAGAUGAUGAUUAUGAGGGAUAUGAUUAUAGCUUGCGUGGUCGGCUUUCUGCAGUACGCAUUGUUUUCCUCUAUAGGUUUGUUCAGGAGAUUACUUCAUACUUCAUGGAACUUGCCACUCCACAUUCUGAAGAAGCAAUUAAGCUUGUUGAUAAAGUUGGGGACUUUGAGUGGCUGAUUCACAAGUAUGAGAUAGAUGGAGCCUCCGCAAUAAAGUUGGAUCUUUCACUGGAUACCCCAAUAAUUAUCAUACCACGGGAUUCAAUGAGCAAAGAUUUCUUGCAACUUGAUUUGGGCCAGCUACAAGUGAGAAAUGAAUUUAGAUGGUAUGGCUGCCCAGACAAUGAUGAUUCAGCCGUUCAUCUUGAUGUUCUUCAUGCUGAGAUACUCGGAAUCAACAUGGCUGUCGGAGUCAAUGGUCUUAUAGGGAAACCGAUGAUACAAGAGGGACAAGGGCUUCAUGUCUAUGUAUGCCGCAGUUUGAGGGAUGUUUUUAGGAACGUUCCAACAUUUUCUAUUGAAGUUAAGGUUGGGUCAUUGCAUGGUGUGAUUUAUGAUAAGGAGUAUAAUGUUAUUCUCGAUUGUGCAUACACAAACAUAUAUGAAGAGCCAAAGCUUCCUCCCAGUUUCCGCAGCAAUGUAUCUGAUUCAAAUGAUACAAUACGCAUGCUAGCUGACAAGGUCAAUAUUAAUAGUCAGAUCUUUCUGUCACGCACUGUUACUAUAGUGGCGGUUGAAGUCAACUCUGCAUUACUAGAGCUGUGUAAUGGCAUUGAUGAGGAAUCACCUUUAGCCCACAUUGCUCUAGAAGGUCUCUGGGUAUCAUACCGUAUGACUUCAUUGUCUGAAGCAGAUCUUUAUAUAACUAUUCCCAUAUUUUCCAUUGUGGAUAUCCGUUCUGAUACAAGACCUGAAAUGCGCCUGAUGCUUGGAUCUUCCUAUGAUGUAUCCAGACAAUGUCCUACAGCACAUCUUCCUAUUUCUGUUGGUAAAAGUAAUUCUAUGAGGAUGAACUCUAAAACUGCUUCUGACACGGAUUUGCCAAAUUCAACUAUGCUGUUGAUGGACUAUAGACUACGGUCUUCCUCACGGUCAUUUGUGGUUCGUGUGCAGCAGCCUCGUGUACUUGUUGUUCUGGAUUUUCUUCUUGCUGUAGGUGUGUUUUUUGUGCCUGCUUUGGGAGCAAUAACAGGCAGAGAGGAGAUGCUGGAUCCUAAGAAUGAUCCCAUAACUAGAAAGAACAGUAUAAUACUCUCAUCACCUACAUACAAGCAGAGGGAAGAUGUGGUCCAUCUGUCACCAAAUAGGAAGUUAAUAGCUGAUGCUCGAGUGGUGGAUGAAUACAUCUAUGAUGGCUGUGGAGGGACAAUCUGUUUGAGUGAAGAAACUGAUAUUAAAGAAACAUCGUCUUCCAGAUUUCAGCCGAUUAUUAUAGUUGGACGUGGUAAGAAGCUGCGGUUCAUGAAUGUAAAAAUAGAGAAUGCUGCCCUUUUGAGGAAAUAUGCAUACUUGAGCAAUGGCAGCAGCUACUCAGUCUCUGUGGAAGAUGGUGUUGACCUCCUUUUCCUUAACAAUUUCUCCUCUGAUAGUGAGAAAAAUAGUAUGGACCAUUUGCAUGGAUUAAUGGAUUCAUCUUCAGCUUCUAUUGCACUUAAUGAUUGUGAUUUGAGUCAGAUGCAAAGUAUUACUUUCGAAGCCCAGGUUGUCUCUCCUGAGUUCACCUUCUAUGAUAGUACAAAGUCAUCCCUUGAUGAUUCCUUGCAUGGUGAAAAGCUUCUACGGGCCAAAAUGGAUCUGAACUUCAUGUAUGCUUCAAAAGAAAGUGAUACUUGGAUACGGGCCCUAGUUAAAGAUCUCACAAUUGAGGCUGGUUCAGGUCUCAUCAUUCUUGAACCAGUGGAAGUUUCUGCGGGAUAUACUUCUGUAAAAGAGAAGACAAAUAUAUCUGUGCUAUUGACAGAUGUAUGCAUCCACCUUUCAUUGAGUGUAAUUUCCCUAGUCCUUAACAUACAAAAUCAGGCAGCUGCAGCACUACAGUUUGGAAAUGCAGAUCCACUGGCUUCUUGCACCAAUUUUGAUCGACUUUGGAUGUCCCCAAAAGGAAAUGGGCCUGGUUACAACCUUUCCUUUUGGAGGCCUCGAGCUCCCUCAAAUUAUGUUAUAUUUGGUGAUUGUGUGACAUCAAGGCCCAUCCCUCCUUCACAAGCAGUAAUGGCUGUUGGUAAUACUUAUGGGCGUGUACGGAAGCCUCUUGGUUUCAAAUUCAUUGGUUUGUUCUCUAAUAUUUGUGGAUUAGAAGGAGUUGAAGCCCAGGUUGAUGACAGUGGUGAUUGCUCUCUUUGGUUACCCAUUGCACCCCCAGGAUACUCAGCUUUAGGGUGUGUAGCACACAUGGGAAACAAACCACCACCAACUCACAUUGUUUAUUGCUUACGUUCUGAUCUUGUGACUUCAACAGUAUAUUCAGAGUGCAUUUUUAGUAUUCCAUCAAAUCCAAGGUUCUCGUCUGGAUUUAGUAUUUGGCACCUUGAUAAUGUUGUUGGAUCAUUUUAUGCCCAUCCUGCUGCAGUGUCCCCUUCAGACAGUGGUUGUGACCUGGCUCUUAUUCUUUUAAGAAACUCAAACUGGUUUUGCUCUUCCUCAGAAAAUUUUGCAUCAGAUGGCACUCGUAACCAAGACUAUGGAGGUUCACAUGGAAGUAAGGAGGGUGCUAGUUCCUCUGGGUGGGACAUUCUCAGAUCAAUUUCAAAAGCUAGUACUUAUAUGUCGACCCCAAAUUUUGAGAGAAUUUGGUGGGACAAGGGUGGUGACCUUCGCCAAGCAUUUUCGAUAUGGAGACCAAUACCACGUCCUGGAUAUGCUAUACUUGGUGACUGCAUCACUGAAGGCAUAGAGCCACCUCCUCUGGGAAUCAUUUUUAAGAAUGAUAAUCCCGAGAUUUCUGCAAAGCCUGUGCAAUUCACAAAAGUUGCCCAUAUAACGAGGAAAGGACUUUAUGAAGCUUUCUUUUGGUAUCCAAUUGCUCCCCCGGGCUACGCUUCUCUAGGAUGUGUUGCAUCAAGAACGGACGAACCACCGGAUAUAAGUUCUUUUUGCUGCCCACGUAUGGAUCUCGUUAACCAAACUAAUAUUCUGGAUGUUCCAAUUUCAAGAUUUUCCAGUUCAAAGGUUUCUCACUGCUGGAGCAUUUGGAAAGUUGAAAAUCAGGCCUGCACUUUUCUUGCCCGCUCUGAUCUGAAAAAACCCUCUAGCCGUUUAGCUUACAAUAUAGCUGAUUCAGUGAAACCGAAGACAAAGGAUAACAUAAGUGCCGAAAUGAAGCUGAGAUGCUUCUCCUUGACUGUGCUGGACAGCAUCUGUGGAAUGAUGACACCACUGUUUGAUACAACAAUUACAAACAUCAACCUUGCAACACAAGGUAGACUAGAGGCGCUGAAUGCUGUACUGGUAUCUUCAAUUGCUGCAUCAACAUUCAACACACAACUAGAAGCAUGGGAACCGCUAGUGGAGCCGUUUGAUGGAAUAUUCAAGUUUGAAACAUAUAACAACUUGGAUAUAUCAUCGAGAGUUGGAAAGCGAGUGCGUGUUGCUGCAACAAGUAUUGUAAAUGUCAACAUUAGUGCUGCAAAUAUUGAAACUUUUGCAGAAACUAUUGUUUCAUGGAGAAGACAGACAGAAUUUGAGCAGAAAUCUGUAAAAUUAUAUGAGGAUGCUGGUGGUCAUCUCAGACCUAGAGAAGAUUCAACUUUUUCAGCAUUGGAUGAAGAUGAUUUUCAGACCUUGGUUAUAGAGAAUCGGCUUGGAUGUGAUAUUUGUCUCAAGAAAUUUGAGGAAAAUUCUGAAAGUCUUGAGUUGCUACAUCAUGAAGACUGCACUUCUUUAUGGAUGCCACCUCCAAGAUUUUCAGAUAGGCUGAAUGUUGCAGCUGAGUCGAGGGAAGCACGCUGUUAUGUUGCUGUACAGAUAUAUGAGGCCAGGGGUCUACCUAUUGUUGAUGAUGGAAAUAGCCAUAACUUCUUCUGUGCUUUACGCCUUGUUGUUGAUAGUCUAGAAACUGAUCAGCAAAAGCUUUUCCCUCAGAGUGCAAGAACUAAAUGUGUGAAGCCUGCAAUUUCCAAGAGUAGUGACCUGGAUAUGGGCACUGCCAUGUGGAAUGAAUUAUUCUUGUUUGAAGUUCCUCAGAAGGGACUGGUUAAGUUGGAAGUUGAGGUGACAAACCUUGCAGCAAAAGCGGGGAAAGGCGAAGUUGUUGGUGCAUCUUCCAUACCUGUUGGACGUGGUGUAAAUACACUGAAGAAGGUAGCUUCAGUGAGGAUGCUGCAUCAGUCAUCUGAUGGCCAAAAUCUUGUUUCAUAUCCACUAACAAGAAAGGGCCAGCUGAGCACUGAAGAAGGAAUAAGUGGUUAUGGAUGUUUGUUUGUUUCUACUAGUUUUUUUGAAAGGAAGACGGUUGCAAACUUUAAUAGGGAUGUGGAAAGUGUGAAUGAGACUGACAGGAAUUCAGGUUUCUGGGUGGGUCUUGGCCCAGAGGGACCAUGGGAGAGCCUUCAGUCAUUGUUGCCACUGUCAGUAAUUCCCAAAAUGUUGAAAGAAGAUUUUGUUGCCUUACAAGUUGUCAUGAAGAAUGGGAAGAAGCAUGCUGUAUUCAGAGGCCUUGCAACAGUCAUAAAUGACUCAGAUGUCAAAUUGGAUCUGUCUGUCUGUCCUAUUUCUAUGCUUCAUAACCCUGCUCUUUCAGUUUCAGAAUCUAGCUGUCGGAACACUGUGGCAGAGGAGGUAUUUGAGAACCAGCGUUAUCAUUCAAUUUCUGGUUGGGGUAAUAAGUGGCCUGGUUUUCGUGGUAAUGAUUCAGGGCGCUGGAGUACAAGGGAUUUCUCAUAUUCAUCCAAGGACUUCUUUGAGCCUCCCCUCCCAGCUGAAUGGAAAUGGACAUCUACAUGGACUAUUGAUAAAUCCCAUUGUGUGGACCUUGAUGGUUGGGCGUAUGGACCUGACUAUCGGAGCAUAAAAUGGCCUCCAACUUCUCCCAAAACAUGCGCAAAAUCUGCUCAAGAUUUUUUCAGGCGAAGGCGUUGGAUACGUACGCGGCAACAAGUAAUUGAUGAAAAUGUUGACAGCUUAAAUAAAACUGUUGCUGUUUCUAGUCCAGGAGCAUCAACUGUCUUACCUUGGAGAAGUAUGGCCAAGGAUUCUGACUUAUGCUUGCAAGUUCGUCCUUUUGUUGAGCAUCCUCAGUCUCCAUACUCGUGGGGUCAUGCAGUUGCUGUAGGUUCUGGCUAUGCCUAUGCUAACGACCAAUCUUUUGUUGAUCAGGGUUCACUUUCUAGACAUAAUACCAUGAAACGAGGAAAUAUGAAUCCAAUUUUUACAUUUAGGUUGAAUCAGCUUGAGAAGAAGGAUAUUAUUUUGUAUUGUUCUCCUAGUAAUACCAGUAAAGAAUAUUUUUGGCUUAGUAUUGGCACAGAUGCCUCAGUGCUUCACACAGAACUAAAUGCACCUGUGUAUGAUUGGAAAAUUUCUAUCAAUUCUCCUCUGAAAUUGGAGAACAAGCUUCCUUGUCCUGCAGAAUUCACAGUCUGGGAGAGAACAAAAGAAGGGAAUGGUGUUGAGAAGCAACAUGGCAUUAUCUCAUCACGCAAGAGUGUACAUAUUUAUUCAGCAGAUAUCAGGAAGCCUAUUUAUCUUUCAUUGUUUGUUCAAGGAGGUUGGGUUUUGGAAAAGGACCCUAUUCUGAUUUUGGACCUGUCAUCACUUCUCCAUGUUUCAUCCUUUUGGAUGGUUCAUCAACAAAGUAACAGGAGGCUGCGUGUGAGCAUUGAACGCGACAUGGGAGGAACUAGUGCUGCUCCGAAGACAAUUAGAUUUUUUGUUCCAUAUUGGAUAAGUAAUGAUUCAUCACUGCCAUUGGCAUAUCAGGUGGUGGAGGUUGAGACCACGAACAACUCAGACACUGAUUCACUUUCACUCUCAAGAGCAGUUAAAUCUGCUAAGAUGGCCUUGAAAAAUCCUGUAAAUCCAAAUGAUUAUAGAAAUCCUGCCACACACAGAAACAUUCAAGUAUUAGAAGUAAUUGAGGACACAAGUCCAACUCCUGUCAUGCUAUCUCCACAAGACUAUAUAAGCCGUGGUGGGGCUUUUCCUUUUCAGUCCCGAAAUGAUGCUUAUCUAUCACCACGUGUGGGAAUUGCUGUUGCUAUUUUCCGCUCUGAACAUUACACUCCUGGAAUUUCUCUGCUUGAGCUGGAAAACAAGGAACGGAUUGAUGUUAAGGCCUUUGCAUCAGAUGGAUCAUAUUACAAGCUUUCAGCCCUGCUAAACAUGACAUCUAACAGGACAAAGGUUGUCCAUUUCCAACCACAGACUGUAUUUAUCAAUAGGAUUGGUCGCAAUCUUGUACUGCAGCAAUGCGGUACUCAAUCAGUGGAACUGAUCCAUCCUAAUGAUCCUCCAAAACAAUUUCAAUGGCAAUCCGUGGCAAAAGUUGAACUGUUGAAGGUGUGUGUGGAAGGAUACAAAUGGAGUACGCCAUUUAGCAUUGGAAGUGAGGGUGUGAUGUGUGUCUCUAUGAAGAAUGAUAGCGGAAGUGACUAUAUGUAUGUCAGAGUUGAAGUACGAAGUGGAACAAAGCAUUCACACUAUGAAGUUGUUUUUCGCCCUUCAUUGUUGUCAAGCCCUUACAGGAUUGAAAAUCGGUCAAUGUUUUUACCUAUACGUUUUCGACAAGUAGAUGGUACCAGUGAUUCUUGGUGGUGUCUUCUUCCUAAUUCAGCAGCUUCCUUUUUAUGGGAAGAUCUUGGUAGGCAACGGUUAUUGGAAAUCAUGGUGGAUGGAGCUGACCCAUCAAAAUCAGAGAAGUAUAAUAUUGAUGAGGUUGCUGACCACCAACCAAUCAAUGUAUCUAAUGGACCUAUUAGCGCUUUGCAUAUUACUGUUCUAAAAGAAGAGAAGAUGAAUGUUGUUAAAAUUAGUGACUGGAUGCCAGAAAAUGGACUGCCUGCAGUUAUGCCCACAAGAUCCUCAUCAUAUUUGUCUCAUAUGUCUGAAUUCCAAUAUCAACAAUCUCAUUCUGUGGCAGAUUGUGAAUUUCACGCCAUUGUUGAGUUUGCAGAGUUGGGGUUAUCCAUUGUUGACCAUACUCCUGAGGAGAUACUCUAUCUUUCAGUGCAGAAUCUUCUUCUGUCACAUUCCACUGGCUUGGGAUCUGGAAUAAGUAGGUUCAAGUUAAGGAUGCAUGCAAUCCAAGUGGAUAACCAGUUGCCAUUGACACCAAUGCCCGUUAUCUUAAGGCCUCAGAAAGUUGGAGAACAAACUGAUUAUAUCUUGAAACUGUCUUUGACAGCACAAUCAAAUGGGUCACUAGAUUUAUGUAUAUACCCAUAUAUUGGUUUCCAUGGUCCUGUAAAUACUGCAUUUUUGAUAAACAUCCAUGAACCAAUUAUAUGGCGCCUUCAUGAAAUGAUCCAGCAAGUAAAUCUCAGUAGAUUUUCUGACACUCAAACAACUGCCGUCUCAGUUGAUCCAAUUAUACAAAUUGGGGUGCUUAGCAUCUCUGGAGUUCGAUUCAAAUUGUCAAUGGCUAUGUCACCAACUCAACGGCCUAGGGGUGUACUCGGAUUUUGGUUGUCCCUGAUGACUGCAUUGGGGAAUACAGAGAAUAUGCCAGUCAGGAUCAAUCAAAGAUUUUAUGAAGAUGUGUCGAUGCGGCAGAGUACUCUUAUUAGUACUGCUAUUUCAAACAUCCAGAAGGAUCUUCUCAGUCAGCCUCUUCAACUGCUCUCGGGAGUUGAUAUACUAGGAAAUGCAAGCAGUGCACUUGGACAUAUGAGCAAAGGUGUUGCUGCUUUAUCAAUGGAUAAAAAGUUCAUCCAAAGCCGACAGAGACAGGAAAGCAAAAGCGUGGAGGACAUUGGCGAUGUUAUCAGAGGGGGAGGGGGAGCCCUAGCGAAAGGACUGUUCAGAGGGGUCACUGGAAUUUUGACAAAACCUCUUGAAGGUGCAAAAUCUUCUGGUGUAGAGGGUUUUGUUCAGGGUGUAGGUAAAGGAAUAAUUGGGGUAGCUGCACAGCCUAUGAGUGGGGUCCUGGAUCUCCUGUCAAAAACAACUGAAGGUGCAAAUGCUAUGAGAAUGAAGAUAGCAGCUGCUAUAACUUCGGAGGAACAGCUACUUCGCAGGAGGCUUCCCCGAGUAAUUAGUGGGGAUAAUUUGCUCCGACCCUAUGAUGAGUACAGAGCACAGGGUCAGGUCAUAUUGCAAUUGGCGGAGUCUGGUGCAUUUUUUGGCCAGGUUGAUCUCUUUAAAGUCCGGGGAAAGUUUGCUCUGUCUGAUGCCUAUGAAGACCACUUCUUACUUCCAAAAGGAAAGAUACUUGUGGUCACCCAUCGAAGAGUCUUAUUAUUACAACAACCAUCUAACAUAAUGGCACAGAGGAAGUUCAGUCCAGCAAGAGAUCCAUGCUCAGUGUUGUGGGAUGUCUUAUGGGAUGACCUCAUGACAGUUGAAAUGACACAUGGAAAGAAAGACCAUUCAAGCUCGCCACCUUCACGACUUAUUCUCUACUUGCAGACAAGAUCGAUGGAGUUGAAGGAUCACACUCGUGUUAUAAAAUGCAGCCGUGAAACUCAGCAAGCUCUUGAAAUUUAUUCUUCAAUAGAGCAAGCAAUGAACACUUAUGGACCAAACCACUCAAAGGGAAUAAAGAAGAACAAAGUGCCAAAACCUUAUUCGCCAAUUACCCGUGGAACUUCUGAAGUACUCCCAUCAGAAGGAGCAUAUCUUUGGAGUAGUCCCCAACAAGUCACCACGUUGGUUUCCCUGAGCUCAACUUUCGGCAGCAAUGCAACUUGAUUAAACAAAUCACAAGGUCCAGAAUUUCAGUGCCUCUGGUAGCAGUGAUUUUUCUAUCAAAACCAUUCUACUCUUAGAGAUAUCCAGGAGAUGAUCAGCAGACUUAUACAUGCAACUUGAAAGGAGAUUGGAUCAAAUACAAUGUUUGCUGCUGUCAGACAUGACAAAAGACGAGGCGAUUUUCUGAAUGAAGCUUUGUAGAACUGUCUGGAUAUCAUAAAGUCUGCUGAGGAUAACAACACAAGAAAGUAUGUGUAUAUAGUAUAUCCACCCUCAUCCUUGUACAUCCAAGGCUCCCAGUGUAAAUACCUCUUCAUGGGGUUGUGAAUGGAACAGAUGAUGUAUACUGCUGUUCCUUGUAUAUGUCAAUAUUAUUAAUGGUAAUCAUUUAAUUUUAGAUUC